CCCCCAAAACUGCCCUCCACUCUCUCUCCCUCGCUCUCUCCGAAGCCAUACUACACAUAGCCACCACCGCUCCUCACCACGACCAACAAGAAUGGCGGACCGUCACCCCGGCGCAGGCCCACGAGCCCAACGGCCCGCCUCCGGGCACGCCCUCCUCCGUCGUCUCCAAGACCGCGCCCCCACCUCCACCCAGGUCGUGGGCUUCUUGACGCUCGUCAUUUCCGGCGGCAUCCUUCUCCUCCUCACCGGGCUGACGCUUACCGGCACGGUCGCGGGCCUCGUCUUCUUCGGCCCAAUCAUCCUGCUCACCAGCCCGAUAUGGUUCCCGGUCGCCGCUGUCGUCUUCCUCGCAAUCGCCGGAUUCCUGUCGUUCUGCGGGUUUGGUGUGGCCGUCGUGGCGGGUGCGACGUGGCUGUACCGCUACUUCAGUGGCCGCCACCCGUUGGGGAGCGACCGGGUCGACUAUGCGCGGAGCCGGGUCGCCGACACGGCGAGCCACAUGAAGGACUAUGCCCGGGAGUAUGGUGGGUAUCUUCACAGCCGGUUGAAGGAUGCGGCGCCGGGAGCUUGAGCUCAGAUCUUUUGGUGGGGAUCUGUUGUUUUGAUGGAGUUUUUGCCAUCGAGUUACUGCUGUUUUAUUGCCGGCUCUGUAUGUUCUGUUUGGUUUGGUUUCUUAUGUGCGCCUUGAGUUGGUGUUAGAUGACUGAUUGGAGUUAUAUGGGUUUUAGUGAUGACAUGGGCAGUAGGGUUGGGGCUGGUGAAUGGUGAUGGUUGGGGCUUUGGUGGAGAUUAAACGCUGAAGUUCUGUAUGAUUUUUAGACGAUUUUACGUUUGCGUGAAUGGUUUUAGUUAUGUUGUACCCAAUCUAUCUAGUGAGUUAGCAUAUAUCUAUAUAUAUAUAUAUAUAUAUAUUGAAUUGGAUCUACAAUGAAGUAUGACUUGGU